UUUCAGAACACGUAAUAUGGUUGCAAGGAGCAGUUAAGAAGGAACAAUGAUGGAAGAUUGGAGGAAUACCACAAUCAAAAUGGGAUGCUGUGCAAAUACCUGUUUUGAGGUUUAUUGAUGUCCGUUUGUAUGGUUUUUGAAUCAAUUUCGGCAGUAAAUCACACGAAAAUCAGUAUGUGGGAAGCUUUAUCUGAAUUACUUAUGGAAAGGAUCGAUGAUUUAAUUUACAGUGAAUUGCUCAUUAUUUCUUUUUUCUUCUCUAUGAUUAUGCGACAGGUGCGCUGGGGCAUAAUUCGUGAAAUAUGUGGUGGAAUUAUUGGCAUUUCAUUGGUUUACUACUUUACUGGUUGGAAACUACUGUAUUCGCUUUUCAUUGUAAUUUUGAAUGUCAUUAUAAAUUCAGUCGUGAAGAACCGGUAUUUACCGUUGGCAUCUUUCAUUAUCACAUUCGUUUACUUAGGAAUUCUUCGAGCUGUACAUUUAAUUGGGUUCCCAGCUCUUGUUUCGCAUUCAAAUGCCGUACAGCUAAUUGUGACGUUACGACUUGUUGGUUUAAGUUUCGAAAUUGCCGAUGGUAGAAGAAAAGAUGAAAUGAAAUUCGAUCCAAAUAAGACACGGUUCAUUGAAGAACCGUCGUGGUGGCAGACAUUUUUAUAUUCAUAUAAUUUUCCAGGCCUUUUUACUGGUCCAUAUUACACAUAUGCAAUGUACCGAGAUGUUGUUAAUAAUGAUAAUAUAAUGGAAAUAUGCGUUUGGGAACAUAUUAAAUGGCGUUUAUAUAAUUUUGCAUGGUCAUUACCUGCUUUUGUUUUACUUUUAUAUACUUUCCCACUUGAGAUGAUGCGCAAAGAUGAAUUUUUCGAUGAAACAGUCUAUUACCGAAUAUCGGUUAGUUUUUUGGUAUUUUUGUGGAUGCGGUGUCGUGUAUACAGCGCGUGGAUGGUUGCUGAAUCAAUCUGUGUACUGAAUGGAAUUGGAAUUUAUCCGGAAGAAAGUUGUCCAUUGGCUGGGAAAGGACCCAGCAGAAUUGACAUUUUAAAAGAACAGAUGAAUAAAAAGGAAACCAAUUAUAAUUCGGAAGCAGUACGUAAUUUGGAUAUUUGGUCGAUCGAACUGAAUGCUACAUUUCGAGGUGGUAUGAGAGCUUGGAACCGUACGGUUCAAUUCUGGCUUGCAAAUUAUGUGUAUAAACGUGUGCCGCGAUCUUUGGGAAUGUUACUGACAAUGUCAGUGAGUGCAUUUUGGCAUGGCAUACAUCCAGGUUAUUUCCUAUCUUUUCUUACGGUCCCCCUUUGCACACUGGCAGAGGACAGUGUUCUAUCAGUAAUGCCAAAGGAUCGUAAUGACAAACUACCGCUUUCGUUCAUUAUUUUUUGGUAUAUCAUACGACAACUUGGUUUUGCAUUAAUGGCAUCGGGGUUUUUGUUACUGACGUGGCGUGACACUAUUCGUUAUUGGAAUUCGGUGUACUUCCAUGUACACUGGAUUAUGAUUACAGUUAUUGUAUUCUCAUGGUUUUACAAAUCAUUGGUGGUUUCAGCAGGAAGUACGAAGUCAUUCAAAGCAAAUGUUAAGGCGAAACUAGACAACAGUUCAAUUACGAAGGAAGAAGCCGGUGAUUCGAUGGUUAAAAAAAUGGAUUGAAUGAGUCUUUUAUCAGUCGAAAUCCUAUAGAAAGUUUGAUUUUCUUUUGAAGUGAACCACAUGAAGACAAUCUUCUGGACCAGUCAAUUUAUGCCUCAUUCGGAAAAUUUUUUGUAAUACCGGAUUCGACAUUUUAGUUUUUAAAUUGUAGGGAUCCUUACUGCUUUACUAGUUUAUUUUAUGAUAUUUUUUGCUUGUGCGAGAUUUGUGGGAAAUGUUUGUUAUACAAAAUUCCGGUUACUUUCUUUUAUUUCUGUGUGCAAACUGCAUCGAUUAAGCAGAUCAGAAUAAUGGGUAUAAAUAUGCAAGUAGUUAUGGUGAUGUUAAUUUAUUAUUUCGACUACCUUUUUGGCUCCCAACAAAACAAGAGUAGUUGUAUUGAAGGAAUAUCAAUGUUUAUAGAGUCAUUCGUAUACAUGAAUAUAUCUAUGCUUUGUUAUAGUAAAAGUUCUGAUUGUGGUUAUUCUUAUAUGUUGCAGAUAAAUGGUAAGAGCUGAAAAAAGUAGUAUUAUCUUCUGUUUCGCAGAAAUGCUGAUUGAUUCUGAUGAUAUAUAUGAAUCUCAGUUCUUUCUUUUAAUCUCAGUUUCUCCUUUUGUAAGAAUGUUUGUUCGAUUGCUUUCUCAG